AUGGAUCGCGCCCGCAAGAAGCUUAAAUCUCUUGCUCACAAAGAAGGGGGUGUCGUGGUCAACCCAAAGGGUGGUCGUCGCGUUGGCCAGAACAAGUCCCAGCGUGCAGGGUUAACGCCUGUUAAUGAGCACGAUGGUGCGGCGAAUACAAAUCCAAAGACCCGAGGGUGGCGUCAGACUGCCUUUGUACAGCCUGCCAGUCCACAAAAAUACAGAGAAAGAGAGCCCAACUCACGACGUCGGAAGAAGGACCGCGGUUCUUACGCGGAGGAUCCCAGUGGUUGGGCAACAGAAGAUGCUACCGACAUUCAAGAACUGGGUGACUUCGAUUUUCAAAGUAAUCUCUCCAAAUUCGACAAAAGAAGAGUCUUUGAAGAGAUUAGAAAUGACGACACCACCGCAGAUGAAGCACGAUUGGUCAGCUUCAACAGAAGGGUCCCCAAGCCGGGCACCAACGGUGGGAAGAAUCUGCAUUGGACUGAGAAUGUGCUCGAUAGUCCCCUGGGAAGUGAAACUGGAGACACUGACCAGGAGCCAAGUGACGCGAAACUUAGUAGCGGGAACUACUCAGGACGCGAGCUCUCAAGAGGGUCAGCACGAGCCCAGAGCCGGAAGGGAAGUGGCAUUCUAGGACAACCCCUGGUACCUCCCCAGAUUAGCACUGUUGGGCGUGGCCAACUCAGCGCUUCUCGUACUACCAGUCCUCGCCCUGGAAGUAAGGCUUCAGUCUCGGCAUCGCCAAUUAGCGGACCCGGCGUCCCUGGAGCUUCCUUGCGCCUCACUACCACGAAUAGAAGUUGUCCGACUGUGAGCCCGCUACAAGCCCUCGAAGUCGAGCAAAUUGCGGUCGCUGAACUUGGCCUGACUGAAGACAUGAUCACGGAAAACGCUGGGAGAAGCAUUGCUGAAGCUGCCGUUGGCCUGUUGUCUAACGAUGCCGCUGCGCCUACCAUGCUUGUGUUGACCGGCAACCAUCGUACUGGUGCAAGGGCCGUAUCUGCUGCUCGUCACCUCCGUAAUAGAGGGCACCGUGUGACUGUCUGCAUGCUUGGUAUUGAACACGAAAAUGAAUUACUCGAGAGCUGCCGCAAGCAGAUUGAUGUCUUCAAGAAGAUCGGUGGACGUGUGCACAGAUGGGAAGAUCUAUCAACGCGGCUUUCGACCUCUGAAUUCAGUCCUGAUCUAGUCCUAGAUGCCCUAUUCGGCAUUCACAUAGCCUUUGAUGAUCUCCGCACCGACGAUCAAGCUGUGGCCUUUGAGAUGAUCGCCUGGGCCAACCGAAGCAACCUCGAAGUUCUAUCCGUUGACGUUCCAUCGGGCUUUUCAGCUUCGAGUGGUGAGGUGACUGUAAUGGAGGGAGGCCGUGUGUGCGUCAGUUCCAAAUCAGUAGUCUGCCUCGGGGCGCCCAAGACUGGAAUUAUAAAUGCACUGCUAGCCGGGGAGGGUCUUACUUGGAGCCUUUCCGUAGCAGACAUUGGUAUUCCUCAGAUUGUGUGGAGGAAGUAUGGGACACGUCGCCGGCACGGAAUUGACUUUGGCAAUCGCUGGGUUGUGCCUCUACGCUACCAGCCAUCCUCUGCUUGA